AUGGGGGCGCCAAACAAACAAGAUGACCUAUGUAAUUUGGCAUUGUAUUUCAUGGAUAAUAUAUUGCUCGAAGCAUCCAUUUUAGAAAUAGUAUCAAACAACAGCACAGUCAAUGAUAUCGAGCAUUUACUCCACUUGGUUCACCACAGUAUGUGUAUUUCAUCUGCUGGAGUUGCAUCCGGUAGUGACACAAAUGGAAAAGAGAAUGAAUGGAAGUUCAUAAAUUCUAUCACAAAGCUCCAGGAGUUUGGAGUUGAAUUGAAGGCGACUGGAGAAAGUCGGAGUUUGUUUGAUGGAAAUUCCCGAACCGAAAAUUACUGA